GUUAGCCGUCUGGCUGCAUGCGGACAGUAGCCUCAGUACCAGCAUGGCUUACAGUGCGAAGAUCGGUCCGUCCAUCCUGAGCAGCGACCUGUCCUGUCUGGGCAGCGAGUGUGUGCGGAUGAUGGAGUGCGGGGCAGACUACCUGCACCUCGACGUUAUGGACGGGCACUUUGUUCCCAACAUCACAUUUGGCCAUCCCAUGGUAGAGUGCCUGAGGAAGUCAGUAGGCCAAGACCCUUUCUUUGACAUGCACAUGAUGGUGUCUCGGCCGGAGCAGUGGGUGAAGCCCAUGGCUGCAGCAGGAGCCAACCAGUACACAUUCCACCUGGAGGCCACUACCAACCCUGGGAAUCUCAUCAAGGACAUAAAAGAGAGUGGCAUGAAGGUGGGUUUGGCCAUAAAACCUGGUACAACAGUUGAAGAGCUGGCACCUUGGGCUAACCACAUCGACAUGGCUCUGGUCAUGACUGUUGAACCUGGCUUUGGAGGACAGAAGUUCAUGGAGGACAUGAUGCCCAAGGUGAGCUGGCUGCGGAGUCAGUUUCCUUCGUUAGACAUUGAAGUAGAUGGAGGGGUUGGGCCUGACACCAUUCACAAGUGUGCAGACGCAGGAGCCAACAUGAUAGUGUCAGGCAGCGCUGUGAUAGGCAGCGACGACCCUCGCUCUGUAAUCGCUCUUUUGCGCACUGUGGUGGCCGAAGCAAUCCAGAAACGCUCCCUGGACCGCUGAAAUGUCCUCUUUGGGGAGAUCCCCACUGCGACGCUCUACCUGCCCGUCCCAGCAACAUACCACAGAAGCCAGUGGAACAGACUCAAUACGGACAUUUCUGGGGUAGAGGUCGGGGGUUACACUCAGAGCAACAGACUUCUGUGGAGGCGUGAGCUGAUGGCCAAAUCUAAAAUCACUUUGAUGUGAGUGAAGCUGCAUCGUGCCUCUACAAAACUGUUUGAACUUCAUACUGUCCUGCCUCAGUCUCUCCUCUCUGAACAGUAAAGUCAAAGUGAGUCUCAUCAUUUUGAGACUGGAGCUGAGGUUACGCUGAUUUCACAUCUGUAAACAUUCCUGAAUAUUGUUUUGACUUAUACUAUAAGUUGAAAGAAUAAAUUAACUAUGGAAAUAAUAAGACCCAUUGAGCUCUGUGUUUAGUAUAUCUUUUGUUUUGCAAGUAAUUUUUUAUUUCCACCUCAAAUCAUGUUUCAUACAUAAAACUGUUUGAUAAAAUAGACCAUUCACAAACUUCUUGCUGUACUACUAAGCAUGAAUACUAUACACUACAAAACUGAGAUUUGGUUUUGCAGAUUAAAAAGACUCAAGUGAA